GCGGCGGAGGAUCAAGCAAUGGUGGCAGUGGAGGCGGUUCGUCCUCAGGGGGAAGAACAGGGUGAGUGCUGCAUGCAUGCAUCCCACACACGGUUACAGACCGCUAACCAUAUUUCUGUCCAGAUCGUCCAGUAACACCGGUGGCGCGAGUCGUGGUGGCUCCGGCACAAAGCCGGCGUACGGUGGUGGAGCUUACUACGGAGGCGGCUCGACAACUCCUUAUGCGGCCGGACGACGUUCACCUCUAGGAUUAGCACCGUUUCUAUUGCCCGCGACAGCGCUGGCUUUCUUCCCGGGCCUUUGGCUAUAUGGCGCAUACGCCUAUCCCUACAGUCACCCGUAUCACUAUACGAACCACACCGACAACAAAAAUGAGUCGCUCCCCGUGGUUUGCCUGUGCGCGGAGCACGCCGAGUGCGGAUGUGAUGAUAACGACAAAGACAGCUAUUACAAGUCGCUCUUCAAUGGAACAGAGCCGAAGAACGGGAGCAACGUCCGGGUGGUGGAGGUCAAUGGCACCGAGAAAAUAUUCAUCAACGGGACCCUGCCGAAUGGAACAACGUCAGAUGAGUCCGAUUCCGCUUCGUCGUCGUCGUCGUCCACUUCGUCAUCAUCCGCGCCGGGUCCUGCGGUAGCCAUGCUACAUGCCAGCGGAUACUGGGUCAUGGUUGCUUUGGUGUUUAGUAGCGUUUAUAUGUUGUGAUGAUGAUACGAUGAUGAUGAUGAUGAUGAUAGCUCGGCUUGUUCGUGGGCGCAGAUAUACCGCGUCUGUGUUUCUUCCCGACAUAAUAUGGUUCGUUUUCUUUGCUUGAGGGUGGGCUCCUGUUUCAUGAGAUCGUUUAAUACCCUAUACAGCGUUUUUUU